UAACGGGCGUGGGUCGUCCGUCGCGUCGCCGGGUGGGGAGCGGGCUGGCGGCGGUAUUUGUCCCCCGCUCGGUUGCGUGACCGCGGGGUCCGCGUCCACUCCCUCUGCCCUUCGCCCUUCGACUCGUCUCGGCCUCCGCGGCCGGGCAACGGCCGUCAUGGUGCCGUCGGCGCUCCCUGCGCGACCCCGCUGAGCCUCGGUGCCGCGGCGAGCGCGGUCGAGGUCGCCAUGCCUACCCGAGUAUGCUGUUGCUGUUCCGCUUUGCGUCCUCGCUACAAACGCCUGGUGGACAACAUAUUCCCUGAAGAUCCAAAAGAUGGCCUUGUGAAAGCUGAUAUGGAGAAAUUGACAUUUUAUGCAGUAUCUGCUCCAGAGAAACUGGAUCGAAUUGGUUCUUACCUGGCAGAAAGGUUGAGCAGGGAUGUUGUCAGACAUCGUUCUGGGUAUGUUUUGAUUGCUAUGGAGGCACUGGACCAACUUCUCAUGGCUUGCCAUUCUCAAAGCAUUAAGCCAUUUGUAGAAAGCUUUCUUCAUAUGGUGGCAAAGCUGCUGGAAUCGGGGGAACCAAAGCUUCAAGUUCUUGGAACAAAUUCUUUUGUCAAAUUUGCAAAUAUUGAAGAAGACACACCAUCCUAUCACAGACGUUAUGACUUUUUUGUGUCUCGAUUCAGUGCCAUGUGUCAUUCCUGUCAUAGUGAUCCAGAAAUACGAACAGAGAUACGAAUUGCUGGAAUUAGAGGUAUUCAAGGUGUGGUUCGCAAAACAGUUAACGAUGAACUUCGGGCCACCAUUUGGGAACCUCAGCAUAUGGAUAAGAUUGUUCCAUCCCUCCUGUUUAACAUGCAAAAGAUAGAAGAAGUUGACAGUCGCAUAGGCCCUCCUUCUUCUCCUUCUGCAACUGACAAAGAAGAGAAUCCUGCUGUGCUGGCUGAAAACUGUUUCAGAGAACUGCUGGGUCGAGCAACUUUUGGGAAUAUGAAUAAUGCUGUUAGACCAGUUUUUGCGCAUUUAGAUCAUCACAAACUGUGGGAUCCCAAUGAAUUUGCAGUUCACUGCUUUAAAAUUAUAAUGUAUUCCAUUCAGGCUCAGUAUUCUCACCAUGUGAUCCAGGAGAUUCUAGGACACCUUGAUGCUCGUAAAAAAGAUGCUCCUCGGGUUCGGGCAGGUAUUAUUCAGGUUCUGUUAGAGGCUGUUGCCAUUGCUGCUAAAGGUUCCAUAGGUCCAACAGUGCUGGAAGUCUUCAACACCCUUUUGAAACAUCUGCGUCUCAGUGUUGAAUUCGAAGCAAAUGAUUUACAGGGGGGAUCUGUAGGCAGUGUCAGCGUAAACACAAGUUCCAAAGACAAUGAUGAGAAGAUUGUGCAGAAUGCUAUCAUCCAAACAAUAGUGUUCUGGCAGUUGUCAGAUCGUGUGGUUAUUCCUGUCGGUGGGCCAUGGAACAGGGCUGCUGUAGCUUUUGCACUUUUAAGUUAUCAGCCUAAUGGGCAACAGCUAUAUCGGCACAUAUAUUUGGGUUGUAAAGAGGAAGACAACGUUCAGAAAAACUAUGAACUACUUUAUACUUCUCUUGCUCUUAUAACUAUUGAACUGGCUAAUGAAGAAGUAGUUAUUGAUCUCAUUCGAUUGGCCAUUGCUUUACAGGACAGUGCAAUUAUCAAUGAGGAUAAUUUGCCAAUGUUCCAUCGUUGUGGAAUCAUGGCACUGGUUGCAGCAUACCUCAACUUUGUAAGUCAGAUGAUAGCUGUCCCUGCAUUUUGCCAGCAUGUUAGCAAGGUUAUUGAAAUUCGAACUAUGGAAGCCCCUUAUUUUCUACCAGAGCAUAUCUUCAGAGAUAAGUGCAUGCUUCCAAAAUCUUUAGAGAAGCAUGAAAAAGAUUUGUACUUUCUGACCAACAAGAUUGCAGAGUCCCUAGGUGGAAGUGGAUAUAGUGUUGAGAGAUUGUCAGUUCCGUAUGUACCGCAAGUAACAGCUCUCUUUCCUUCAAGCAAAAAACCUCUUAAACCCAGACACAAGCACAAAGAUGAAGAUCGACUUUCUAGAAGAAAAAGCAUUGUGGACACCGUAUCCAUUCAGGUGGAUAUUUUAUCCAACAAUGUUCCUUCUGAUGAUGUGGUUAGUAACACUGAAGAAAUCACUUUUGAAGCAUUAAAGAAAGCAAUUGAUACCAGUGGAAUGGAAGAACAGGAAAAGGAAAAGAGGCGUCUUGUGAUAGAGAAAUUUCAGAAAGCACCUUUUGAAGAAAUAGCAGCACAGUGUGAAUCCAAAGCAAAUUUGCUUCAUGAUAGACUUGCUCAAAUAUUGGAACUCACCAUACGUCCUCCUCCCAGUCCAUCAGGAACACUGACCAUUACUUCUGGGCAUGCCCAAUACCAGUCUGUCCCAGUCUAUGAGAUGAAGUUUCCAGAUCUGUGUGUGUACUGAUUGGCUUAUGAAGACCUCAGCAUAUGAUUUGUAAAGCCUAAAAAUUAUGGCCAAGCUGAGCUGUCAAGGUUUACCUAAUGUGUAUUAACAUACUUCUUGAAAAUAAUGAUGGAACAUAUCUUUAACCAAAUGCUUGGCAUACCAUAUUAGAAGUUUUGGAGCUAUAUAUAAUUUCAAGUACUUUCGAAGAUAGAUUUAUGUCAUGUUAAUUUGAGGUUCCUGUUGCCUUUUAAGUUGAACAUGUUUUGGUUUCACUUUAUUCCACUGUUAAGUAGUAUAUUUUAAACUUUUCACAAAUGUAAUGUUUUUUCAAAAGUAAGCCUUCAGAGGAUUGAAACUGUAUAAAUUGUUUCUCUCUUAAACAUCUACACAGCCGCUUAGGUGUAGAAUUUUUGUUGUUGUUUUCUGCAAAGGCAGAUACAUUUAAAUAUAUUCCUAGUCCUGGGGCUGCAAAACUGUUCGGUGGCUUUUUGUCCCCAUGCUUUAGAUAAGCUGGGAUAGGCACCCUGCUAUUCAGUUACUGUAAUAAUGUGUGAUAGGCAUUCCUCAUCUUCACAAUAAUAGGACAUCUGUUGAAUAGCAUUCCUCGAAUAUGACCCUAAAAACGCCAUACUUUAAAUUGUCCAGUUCUUGUAAUACUGUGUUUCCUGCCAAGAGUUUGACCAUUCUGCUUGAGAAGUGUAGAGCUUACUCUUGGAGUACCAAACUGUGCAAUAUUUUUACAUCAUAAGAUGUAUUAGUUUACAGGCUGUGCUUUGAAAUUAUAGUAGUAUUUUGCUGUGGCUCCAUUAAUUAAAUGAGAUAUAUAUUUAGUGCAGAAGAAAGACAUUUAAAACAGCUAUUAGUUCACCUGUGAAGAGUCUGUACAUUUUGAUUUCCAUUAAGAGUACAUUGAUUUACAUUUGUAUAUUGUGCAUUGUUUUAGAUCCUCAUAGUCAAAAAAUUCUCCAGAUGGACUUUUAAUUUGUAAGAUUUGAACUGUGACUUGUACGCAUCUGUUUAGAAUCAGUUAUAUCAUAUUUGAAAAGCUGCCUGUGUUUUAACAAUCAAGUGUGCUAAAGUUUGUCAAUUUAAGCUGCUUUUGAUUUCAGCUACCAAGAUCACAGGUGCACUCUACACAUACACUGACAGACCCAUAAAAGUACUUACAUCUUAGUGAAUUCUAUCACGUGGUAAAAUGAACAGCUUUCUUUGUAACUCAGAAAAUUGUCUUAGGACAUUUUUAUAAAGUCACCUGUUUAUAGUUCUAUCUUUUCAGAUUCCAUUUCUUUUUACAUAAAACAGCAUACAUAUCAAAAACUGUAGCCUAGAAGACAGUUUAAUUUUUGGCUUUUGUUUUUGUUUAAAAAAUUGCAGUGAAGAAUGGGAUGUUUGUGUUUAUGGCUAUUUGGGCACCUGUAGUAGAAACGGAAAAAAGUAAGGAAAUGAUAAUAGGACAAGCAUACUUGAAAAUUUCUGAAUACUUAAACAGAAGCGCAACAUCUUGAAAACCAGUCUAGUCAUUGAAACCUAUGAAAUGACACUGAAAGAUCCUGGGCUGCUUCUUAAAUGUAGAUCAGCAAGACUUGUUUCACAGUGCCAGUGGAGUCACUACCGCUGGAGGACUGAAGGGCCCUGUGGCAGCUGUCACUGGAACUUUGCCUCUUGAUCAGGUAAAAUGCUACACCAGUCAGUAAAGCCAAGUUGUAUUUUUUUUAUUGCCCUUUUUUCCUUCUGUAUUUUUAAAGAAGGAUGUUAAUUUUUGACUCUAUAUUUUAAAAAAAUCUAAGCAGGGGGACAUGCAAAAACAAUCAUCAUCCACUUGGAUGUCAUUUUAUAGAUUAACACUGUGUGCUUUUGUAUGGAAAUAUAUAUAUAAUUUAAUAGUAUAAAAAAUAAAAUAUUCAUUUGCACUUCUGUGAAACACAAACUUUGCUCUACAAAAUUUCGUGUUUCUUAGUGAUUUUAAAAUGCAUGUGUUGCAUGUAAAGGAAAACCAUUACAAUUAAUGUUGGUCACACCUUUAUCUUGGUCUUUGUUGAUUUGGGUUUUGUCGGGGUUUUUGUUACUGUUUUUAAAUUACACUAGGCUUCUUCAUAUCGUGGAUUUCUGAACUGGUCUUGUUGACAAGGAUUCCCAAGAAAUGGUUCUGUUCACUGGCUGCCUCUCCCAUAUCUGCAGGAGAUUCUGCAGGAACAGGGUGUGCACAUGGUGGUGUAGCCAGUUCAGGUACUGAACAUUUAGGGUUUGGUGAAGUUCACUGUAUUGCUAUAUUUUUGUAGAUAUAUGAAACUCAAUAAAUUGUUAAUCAUUCUCUUUUUGCUGUAUCGAGUUGCUUGUAUCACUCUUUCUUUCAUGACAUUAAACAGUUAACAUUUAAAUGUUCCUCCUGUACUCGUGUUGUCCAUGACCACUUACAGAGUUUUAUUGUUAUUGGAGUUUACACACACACAUACUUCCUUAAUACUUCUGAACUCAUCAUCUUUUAGAAUAAUAGUACUACACUUUACCAGCAAUUCACUUCUCCCUACCCAAAAUGUUUUUCUUCCUGUCUGAAAAUGGAACUAAUUUGUCUUAUUCGUGCUUAUAUCUGUAUUAAAGUUAGUUUUUGAAAUGUAAAAA